UGUCCCCUGCAGCUGAGCGGCUGCGCUAUAUCCUGGGAGAGGAGGAUGACAUGCCCACCCCCACACUGUUCACUGAGAUGGACACGCUGCAGCAGGACGGGGAUGAGCUGGAGUGGAAAGAGUCUGCUAGGUGGGUGAAGUUUGAAGAGAAGGUGGAGGAGGGAGGAGAGAGGUGGAGCAAGCCCCAUGUGUCCACCCUGUCCCUGCACAGUCUGUUUGAGCUGAGGACCUGUAUACAGACCGGCACUGUGCUGCUUGAUCUGGAGGGAUACUCACUUCCACAGAUAGUUGAUGAAAUCAUUGAGCAGCAGGUAGACGAGGGCAUGCUAUCUCCUGACCUGAGAGAGAAGAUCAGCUUUGUCCUCCUGAGGAAGCACAGGCACCAGACCAAAAAGCCCAUCCACCGCUCUCUGGCUGACAUGGGCAAGGCCAGCGCUGUCUUCUUUACUUGUAUUCCCUCCUCAGCCCGUAGUCCAGGUGCAGCAGCCGCAUUCAACCGCUCCACAGAAGACCUCCGCAUGAAAUCACAGCCAGGAGGCUAUGGUCGUCUGCGUCAUGCCCAAAGUAGGAGCAUGAAUGACAUUUCAGACACUCCGAGCACAGACCAGCUAAGGAAUAAGUUCAUGAAAAAGAUCCCUAGAGAUGCUGAGGCAUCUAAUGUUCUGGUGGGUGAAGUGGACUUCCUGGAUAAGCCCUUUGUAGCCUUUGUCCGCCUGGCCCAGGCCACCACUCUGGGAGGACUGACAGAGGUUCCUGUGCCCACCAGAUUCCUAUUUAUUCUGUUGGGGCCAACAGGAAAAGCCAAGUCCUAUAAUCAGAUCGGUCGAGCCAUAGCUACCCUAAUGGUGGAUGACCUGUUCAGUGAUGUGGCGUACAAGGCUAGAGAUCGAGAGGAUCUGAUUGCAGGUAUAGAUGAGUUCCUGGAUGAGGUGAUCGUGCUGCCGCCCGGAGAGUGGGACCCCAAAAUACGUAUCGAGCCUCCUAAAAAAGUGACCUCGGCUGACAAGAGGAAGUCAGUGUUCUCUCUGAAUGAGCUGGGUCAGCCGAAUGGUGCGGCCGGAGGAGGUGGAGGCCUCGCUGAGGAUGAGGAGAUGCCAGUGGCUCACGAACUGGGAGAGGAGCUGGCACACACUGGGAGGUUCUGUGGAGGUCUGUUUCUUGACAUCAAGAGAAAAAUACCCUGGUUGCUUAGUGACUUCUAUGAAGGCUUUCACAUCCAGUCUAUCUCUGCUGUGCUGUUCAUCUACCUGGGCUGCAUCACCAACGCCAUCACCUUCGGAGGCCUGCUGGGAGACGCCACAGACAACUACCAGGGUGUGAUGGAGAGUUUCCUGGGCACAGCGUUGUCAGGAACAGUAUUCUGUCUGUUUAGUGGUCAGCCCCUCAUCAUCCUCAGCUCUACUGGACCUAUCCUCAUCUUUGAGAAACUGCUCUUCGAAUUCAGCAAGAACAAUGGUAUAGACUACAUGGAGCUGCGUCUGUGGAUCGGGAUCCACUCCUGUUUGCAGUGCUUCCUCCUGGUUGCCACGGACGCCAGCUACAUCAUUAAGUACAUGACCCGUUUCACAGAGGAGGGCUUCUCCAGCCUCAUCUCCUUCAUCUUCAUCUCUGACGCCAUCAAGAAGAUGAUGGGCUCCUUCAAAUACUACCCCAUCAACACCGACUUCAAGCCAGACUACGUCACCGCCUACAAGUGCGAGUGCCUGGCCCCAGACCCCAGUGAGUCCAGUUUUCUCUACACGUCACCUUUUUCUUCCACCUGUAAAACUGUGUCCCCCUUCCUGCCCCCCCUCCACCCCUCUCUCCCUCUCUCCUACCAGUUAAACAUCACAGGCCUGGACUGGAGCCAGCUCAGUAAGAAGGAGUGUGUGAAGUACGGAGGCUCUCUGGUGGGCAACACCUGCAAGUACGUCCCUGACCUGGCCCUCAUGUCCUUCAUCCUGUUCUUCGGGACCUACUCCAUGACCGUCUCCCUCAAGAAGUUCAAGUUCAGUCGCUACUUCCCCACCAAGCUGCGGAAGCUCAUCAGUGACUUCUCCAUCUUCAUGGCCAUUAUGACCUUUGUCGGUCUGGACAGGUUAAUUGGGCUCAAAACCCCCAAGCUCAUCGUUCCCACAGAAUUUAAGCCCACACGUCCCGACCGGGGUUGGAUUGUGCUGCCGUUUGGGAAGAACCCAUGGUGGGUGUAUUUGGCCAGCUUUGUCCCUGCUCUCCUGGUCACCAUCCUCAUCUUCAUGGACCAGCAGAUCAGUGCUGUCAUUGUCAACCGGAAGGAGAACAAACUGAGGAAAGGGUGUGGCUACCACCUGGACCUGUUCUGGGUGGGGGUGUUGAUGGCUGCCUGCUCCUUCUUGGGCCUUCCCUGGUACGUGGCCGCCACUGUCAUCUCCAUCGCCCACAUUGAUUCACUGAAGAUGGAGAGUGAGUCCAGUGCCCCUGGGGAGCAGCCUCAGUUCCUGGGUGUCAGGGAGCAGAGACUGACAGGGAUUCUGGUGUUUGUUCUCACUGGAGUCUCCAUCUUCUUGGCUCCCAUUCUACAGUUCAUACCCAUGCCAGUGCUCUAUGGUGUGUUUCUCUACAUGGGCGUGGCAUCUCUCAGUGGCAUUCAGUUCUGGGAGAGGAUCAAGUUGUACAUGAUGCCGUCCAAGUACCAGCCAGACUUCCCUUUCCUGCGUCACGUGCCUCUGAGGAGGGUCCACCUCUUCACCCUGGUCCAGAUCAUCUGUCUGGCUGUCCUUUGGGUGCUCAAGUCCACCGUCCUGGCCAUCCUCUUCCCUGUCAUGAUCCUGGGGUUGCUGGUGGUGCGUAAGAUGCUGGACAUGGUGUUCUCUCAACACGACCUCGCCUGGAUAGAUGAUAUCCUGCCUGGGAAAGACAAGAAAAAGGAGAAGAAGAAGGGUGAUAAAGAUGACACAAAGAAGAAAGACAAGAAGAAAGGGAGAUCAGACGACAGCGAAGACGAGGAGAAGUACCACGCGUACUCCAACUGCUCGCCCAGCUCUGAGUCUGACGUGGACCGCAGGUACUGUGUGCUCAAACUACACGUCCCCUACAGUGACCUCCUGCAGCCCGUUGACGCCCAGUCACAGUGGGCUGCUCACUGCCAGCCAGGCAAAUACUUCCCCUGAUUCAUAGAUUACAUAAACAUUAAACAUCAGCCUGGCAGAUAUAAGCAGAUAUAGAAACAUGCACUCACACUCACACACUCACACACACACACACACACACACACACACACACACACACACACACACACACACACACACACACACACAGCAUCCAUAAUUAUAAUUCCACACAUAAUUUCUCACAGACCCAGUAUUCCAUAGUGUUCUGCCAAGGCUGGGCUGAAGUAUAAGCUAUAUCUCAGAGAAUAUGCCUUCAUACCCUUCUCUUCAUGCACUUUAAUGCAAUGCAGAUGUUAUUUUGGGUUUUGCUAAGCAGCCCUUGCUGCUAUUUUCCCUGCACUCCUAUGCGUUAUGAAAACUAGUUGUGUAAUUUUGUGUCAAUGUGUCUCUAUGUGUAGACACAUCACAUGCAUGUGCAUAAUUCCAACACACUAGUCAUACACUAUCUCCUAUGUAUUCUUACUUCCUACUUUUAAGGCACCGGCUUGGUUUAUAUUCUGUAGAAAUGUGUGGCAUAUUUGAAUAGAUGAAUAAAAGUUUGACAUUCUAUCUGUAUGUAGCAGAUAGCAGUAUUUGAGAGUGAACAGUGUUUGGUGCACUGUGACCUCAUACCACAUGCAUCAGGCCUUUCUCAGAGUUUUGGUUGUUUCUUUUUCCUCCAUGUGUUGUUGUAUGUACCCAAUAGUCUUGUAGUCUAUCGAUGGGUCCCAUUCACGAACACUACUGUUUUGUUCUUAGUAGUGUCUUCAUUCCAUAUAGUUGAAUAUUCCUCUCCCCUCUAUCCUUUUAGUCAUGUUCUCUGCGUGUUGCCUUUGACUCCUUAUGUCAAAUAGAAACUAUGAUCAAAUUCAUGUCUGCAUUGCUUUUAAGGAAGCAUGGUUCAGCAGUAUACAUUAGGCCUACAUAUUUGCUAAAAAAAACAACUCCUGAAGACUGUGAAAUUAGGAGAGGAGAAACUGCAACAUAAGGAGAAACUUUGUUUCUUUUACUGUUAGUUUUGCAUCACAAACUGUGCAUUGCAUUCCUCCCCACAUCUCACAUUCCCCAUAGGCUGCGAACCAGGCUUGGAACACUACGGCAUAAAGAACAGACUUCAAUCACAGUUGACAGCUCGUCUAACUCUCUGUCAUGUUGUUUCACAUUAAUUUGCCCAACCUUCCUCUAGUCUAAUUCACUCUCUGGUACUCUCUGGCACCAGCUCCAGAUGACAUCUCACUACAGACCACCCCUGUCUAGCCCAAGGUUAUCUUCCCCCUCGCCUGUCUCCAGUCCCCCCUCC